CCUGGAUGUCUCGCGAUGUGUUGUCGGUAGCUUUUUGCGGACCGUUUCCUGCUUCCUGUCGGUCUGUCCCAGUAGAACCAGCACCGAACCUCCGACAGCCCGGAACCGAGACUCAAAGCGGGCCGGAGGGUCCGUCACAGUCCCGGAGGGUCCGUCAGUCCGCCGGACCGGAACAUGGCGAAGACCUACGACUAUUUGUUCAAGCUGCUGCUGAUCGGGGACAGCGGCGUCGGGAAGACCUGCCUGCUGUUCCGGUUCAGCGAGGACGCCUUCAACACCACCUUCAUCUCCACCAUCGGAAUCGACUUUAAAAUACGAACGAUCGAACUGGACGGAAAGAAAAUCAAACUUCAGAUCUGGGACACGGCGGGACAGGAGCGGUUCAGGACGAUCACGACAGCCUAUUACAGAGGAGCUAUGGGCAUCAUGCUGGUGUAUGACAUCACCACCGAGAAAUCCUUCGACAACAUCAGGAACUGGAUCCGCAACAUUGAGGAGCACGCCUCCUCAGACGUGGAGCGAAUGGUUCUGGGAAACAAAUGUGACAUGAACGACAAGAGACAAGUGUCCAGAGAGCGAGGAGAGAAGCUGGCGAUCGAUUACGGGAUCAAGUUCCUGGAAACCAGCGCCAAGUCAGGCAUCAACGUGGAGGAGGCCUUUUUCACACUCGGCAGAGACAUUAUGACCAGACUGAACCGGAAAAUGAACGACAACAACCCUCCAGGAGGAGGAGGAGGGGCGAUGAAGAUCACAGAGGCUCGCUCCAAGAAGAGCUUCUUCAGGUGUUCACUGCUCUAGCUGCUCACACUCCUCCUCCUGAUGCUCCUCCUCUUACUUUGUCACGCUGCAGGAUGUGUCUUUCUCCUUCAGCAGAUGACUAUGCAGCGUGAUGAAGAUGUUUUAACAGAAACACCAUGUGAUGAAGGUGAUGAUGAUGAUGAAGAUGAUUUACAUUUUUUUUACCAAAGCUGGUAUGAAGUGGCAGCGAUGUCUCACUCUGACGUGAUUUUUUUCCUCUCAUUUAAAACACAGACGGGAAGUUUUGAGCCAAAGACUGAAGAUAAAUGUAGGAAAUAAUAAUAAUUAUAUAUUAAUUAUCUCAUGAUCAUCAUUUCUGUUUCUGACACAUUAAACAGAGAAAACAUUAUUUGUUUCAUAAAAUAAUUUGAACCCUGAAAAGAAAACAUAAUAAAUGUAAUUUAUAAUGUUUGUUGUCAUUAAUAACUCAUUAUUAACUUAAUUACCAGUUUUAAGUGUGUCGACAUCAAACAAUCAAUGAAACAGAACUGAUUCUGAUUAUUGAUCAGCUGUUUGUUAUUGAAUUUAGCAGCUUAUUUACAUAAUAAGUUUUAAAAAUUAUUUAAAUACGUUUCUGUAAUGAAAGAAGAAGAUUAAUUCGAUUUAUUAGAUCUAAAGUUCAGCUGAAUAUUUUAAACAUUUCAAAGGUUCCUGAAUCAGUCGUGAGGUGUUCGCUGCCUCCUGUAAAACUCAGUGUUUGUUUAUUAUGUGCUUCUGUUUGUGUUUUUAUUAACUGAAGGUGUUGUUGAUGCUUUUCUAUAUUUUUGUAUUUUAUCUUGUUGUUUUAACAUGAAAAACAGCGAACAGCUUUUAUUUUUAACAUUCAGAGGAAUUUUUUAUGUUUGUUUGAAUUGUUAUUUUUGUAUGAAUCUGAAGGUUUAUUCAAAUGAACUGUUGUUUUUUUAUAUACAAAAUAUAACGUUUAUUCACGCUCAUUUAACAAAUUGAUACAUUAAAAUUAUUAUAAAUUAAUUAUGUUUCAAUAAAUGAACUGUUUCCUUUAUUUCUUUGAAUGAAGAAAACACUGAAGCGACUAGAAAAGCGCUAUAUAAGUGCAGGUCCAUUUACCAUUUACUGAUGAGAAAGUUUUAAAACAUUUUAAAUUGCAUCAAUAAAUCCGAAGACAGGAAACAGAAUUCUUCAUUUAUUUUAUUAUUUAGUUUGAAAUCAAAUUGACUCGUUUUGACUGUUGUUUACAGACUCACAGUAUUAUUAUUGAUAUUAUUAUUGAUCUAUACUUUUUGUUUCAAAACUGAUAAUCAAUAAGUUGACCGAUCAGCUGAUUGCGUUUCACACAUUCAGAGUUUAUUAACUCAUGUUCUGUUUUUAUUCUUCUCGAUUAACUUCUGAAUUAAGAGAUGAAACAAUCAAUCAGUCAAUCAAGUUGAAAAUCUUGUCAGAAUUCAUAAAAUAAAUCUAAAAUCAGUUCUGUAUAAUUUGAGCUGCAGUUAAUAUUAAUGUUAUAGCUAAUCAGCUGGUCAAUAACAUUGAUUGUUGAACUGUGAUGUUGCUCUGCUUUGUUUUGAUUUAUGUCUUAAAAUGUUUUUAUGUUUCAGCACUUUGUAACUAAAACAUCGCUAUGCAAAAACACAUUCAAUGUUCCUUAUUGAUUAGAUGAUCGGACGUAUUGAUCAGAUGUAUGGAUCAGAUGAUCAGACUAUUGAUCCGAGGUAUUGAUUAGAUGAUUGGACAUAUUGAUCAGAUGAUCAGAUGUAUUGAUCUCUUCACACCAAGUCAGAAACCUGUUUCGUGUCUUUAAUAAAUGUUUUCUAGAGGUAAACAGAUGAAGGUCGCACCGCCGGAUGUUUGAACAUUUUCUACUGAAUAAACUAAAAUAUUAAGAAUGAAAAGAUGAUUUGGUGUGAAAAGAUUUAACUUCCUGUCAGGAGAAUAAAAGAUGAGCUUAAUGUGAAAAUCAUGUUUCAUUUUCAAUAACUGACAGCACUGCAGUGACCUUUGACCUCCGAUCUGUGAUGUCAUCGCAGAGUCAGCUGAUUGUACAAUAAACAACUUUUCUAUCA